UCACGACUUACUUAUUUUACGACGCACGGAAGCAAUAUGGUGGACGAAGCAACAAAACGAAGCCUUGCACAAAUUCCACUCUUAAAAACGAAAGCAGGACCGCGAGAUGGUGAAAUAUGGGUGAACAGACUAAAAGAAGAAUAUCAGUCGUUAAUUAAGUAUGUUCAAAAUAACAAAGAAGCUGAUAAUGACUGGUUCCGACUAGAAUCAAAUAAAGAGGGAACCAGAUGGUUUGGCAAGUGCUGGUAUAUUCAUGAACUCUUAAAAUAUGAGUUUGAUGUAGAAUUUGAUAUACCUGUCACCUACCCAACUACUGCCCCUGAAAUAGCUCUACCAGAAUUAGAUGGUAAAACUGCUAAAAUGUACAGAGGAGGGAAAAUUUGUUUGACAGACCAUUUUAAACCACUCUGGGCUAGAAAUGUACCUAAAUUUGGAAUAGCUCAUGCAAUGUCACUAGGACUUGGACCAUGGUUGGCAGUAGAAAUUCCGGAUUUAGUAGAAAAAGGAAUUAUAACACAUAAAGAAAAUACUGGUGCUGCUGAGAAGUGAUGAUAAAUCUUUAUUUAGUGGGUUU